GUCCACAGUUGUCUCGUGUUGCGCGCACAAGUUUAGCGCGAUCGCUACAUUAUAAAACUUCGUACGUUAUUGGGUUAGAAAUAUGAGAGACAACUGUCAUAAUAUCUAGAUAUGAGGCGACGUAGCGAACAGCAGCAAACCUUUAAACAUGACAUUUGCUUUGUCUGUUGUUUCGUCACAAACAAAGUUUGAUAGCGACGUGCACCAAGAAUAGAGGUUCCUACCAGAUAUAUAUGAGGCUGUUUGCCAGAGAGUAUUGUUUGUCAGUUAAAACUAAACUAUGCCCUUUUGGUUUACAGUACUUUCAAACUAGUGAACUAUUCUUCCUAGCUGGUGUCACAAACACGUUUGUUGUAUUUCUAUAGUUCUAAGUUGAUUUUAAACUUCCUUGUUGGUGUAUGCAGCAUGCAGUUUCCGGUUUUAUGUGUUGAUACGUGUACAUAACGUGGCGACAUCACCGGCUUGGUGGUAUCCUACUCGUACAAGUACGCCACACGGUUCAAACUAGAAUGGCGAUGGCAACUUUCUCCGGGAACAUCGAGAGAUGGAAGAGGAAGAAAGCCGAGAGCCAGUACAUGUUUCUUGGCGGACAAGUUAAUUCCUUCUAUCAUGAUAUGCCUCCACCUGAGGAUGAUCUUCCCCCUCCGCCACCGCCUCCGCCACAGACAGCGCCGUACUCAUCUUCCAACAGUUAUUCUUUCCCUCCACCACCCACUGAAGAGUUACCUCCCCCCCUCUCACCCACGAGCUCAACGUAUGCUACGCAGUCAACUUACGCAACGUUCCGGCCUCAGUCUCCAGCGAGUACUUACGAUACUGGCUCAAUUUACGAGUCCAUCAAUCCUCGUCCAGUCAGCCAGAUGUCCUCUAGGUCUGCCUACAGUACAGGCUCUUCACUUUACUCUACUUUAUACCCUAGAGGAGUACGAGGAAAACUUGGUCCUAGUAUGAUGACACAGCCUCUGGGACGAGGACCUCCUACUGGUCAGGAAGCUGAGGUUGAUCACCUAACAGAUCUUCUUGUACAGAGCAUGGAAAAUUCUGGAGACCCAGAAUUUUUUGGCAUGUGCUACAAAUGUGGGGAUAAAGUGCUUGGAGAAGGGAGUGGCUGUACAGCUAUGGACCAAGUUUACCAUAUACAUUGUUUUACUUGCCAUGUUUGCUACAAAGAAUUACAAGGAAAAUCAUUUUAUGCAAUGGAUGGAAAACCAUACUGUGAAGAAGACUAUUUAAAUUCUCUUGAAAAAUGCUGUGUUUGUGGAAAUCCUAUUCUGGACAGGAUUUUAAGAGCUACUGGAAAACCAUAUCACCCUGCAUGUUUCAAAUGUGUGGUUUGUGGAAAAUGUCUGGAUGGCAUUCCAUUCACUGUUGAUGCCACCAAUCAAAUUCACUGCAUUGAUGACUUUCACAAAAAGUUUGCUCCUCGGUGUUGUGUUUGUAAACAACCUAUAAUGCCUGAACCAGGUCAGCAAGAAACUGUUAGGGUUGUUGCAUUGGACAGAAGUUUCCAUGUCAAAUGUUACAGGUGUGAGGACUGUAGCUUGUUGCUGUCUUCAGAAGCUGAGGGUCGUGGUUGUUAUCCUUUGGAUGAUCAUAUCCUCUGUCGAAACUGCAAUGCUAAACGUGUUCAAGCCCUGACCUCUCAUAUGACAACAGAAUUGUAGAUUCUUUGUCUGCUCUGUGACUUGUAUUCCUGUGGACAGGUGUAAAAACUGGUAGUGCCACUUGUCAUUGUCCACAGCUCUUUUAUUCUUUUUUUGGAAGCAUUACCAAUGUUCAGCCCAUGAGCUUACUUCAGUGAGGACAUUCAUGUUCUUAUACUGAUAGAAUACAGAAAUAUUAAGUGGUUACUGUACAGUAUUAUUGUAAAAAAAAAGAAAGAAAACGAGUUUUAUGAAUGUACUACUAUAAAUAGAAACUUGAAAUAAGAUUGUUGUACUUUCAAGAAAUGUGGUCUUUUUAAGUCAUUUUUUAUUUGAAUAUUAUUGCAAAAAUAUAAUUGCAUUUAAAGAGUCAAAGAUAUAUGUGUGAAACUAAAAGUUAACAUUUUUUUAAAAAUUACAAAGAAUUCACUGUAGUAUUUCUUGAAAGUUAAACCAACAUUUGUUAGAUGCAACUGUGCUUUAAUGCCAUGCUCGAGUUUGAGCAUUUAUGAUGGCUGUUCAUUUUGAAUAAUAAUGUGAACUAUUUUAUAUGCAAGGCUUAGGAGCUCUAUUCUUUUUUUGCUGAAAUAGGAUAGUUAAGAAACAUGACAUAUUUUAUUAGUUCCUAUUUUUUGUUUCAGUGUAUUGUGAAGCAUGCAUUAACAGGAAAAUACUGUGUUUGAUUUUAUUUUACAUCGUUGCUUUCUGAUAGUGUUUCUUCAAGUUGAGUUUUGAUUUUUUUUAAAUUUGCUUAGAUAUUGUCAAGUUUUUUUUUGUAAUACUGAAAGAUUUUAUCUCAAAGGAAAAAAUAUUUUUGUAGUUUUGUUGAGAAACAUAAAUUGACAUGUAAAUUUGAGAAUACAAGUUUUUCUUGGUUUCAUCAAAAAUGUGAAAGUUAUUACACAGUUUUAGAUUUAUUAUAGAAUUGAAUAAAUAUUAAAUAUAAUAUACACAAUGACACCACUUCUAAUUAUUUUCAGCUUAUAUAAAUUUAUUUAUUUUUAUUGAAAUGUUUAAAAUGGCAAGAACAACUAUGUAGUGUUUUCUUUUCUUACCAUAGUUACUUUCUCAAAUUGUAAAUUCAUUUGAUGAAUACUUUUACCCUAAGGCUUAGUAUUUAUGACUGUAACACUGUAGGAUUGGAGGUGGUCAUUUUUUUUUUGUAGACAAAUUUUUCAUGCAUUUUAUAUAUACUUUUAGAAAGAAAUUUUAAGAAUUGUAUUUGAAAAGUCAAGGUUUAUCAGUUACUGUUCCAAUUUGUGGAAAGAGUGUAGUAUUAUCAUUGACAUAGUGUUGUUGUAGGUGAGAAACUUUAAAUGUAAAUCUUCCUGAGAAUAAUCAUACAUUGCCAUAUUCUUCAGAAUUGAAUUAAGCCUUAUAAGGAUAGCUGUACAAAUCUGAUGGUACUAAAAAGUAAAAAAAUGGCUAACUUGUUCAGUAUAACUCUGGUUAAUCUAUUAGGUCAACUUAGUGUGUUUGUCUGGUCAUUCAUGUGCCUUCAACUAUUCCAUAUACUGAAACAAACAUUGUUCAGUUUUGAUAUUAUCUUACUCAUUAAAGAAACAUUGCAAUUAUAUUUUAAAACUAAUAUGAAACUGUUGUAAAAUACUGCAUGUACAGCAUUAUCAUAAACGUCUAUGAAUUUUAUCUAGCAAAAAUAUAAAAUUAUUUAUCCUAAAUGGAUGAGAAAAACAUUGUAUUAUGUUACCAUAUUAAAAUGGAAUAUUGUGUUAAGUGAGAGUUU